AUGUUGUGGAAACUAGCAGAUAAUGUCAAGUACGAAGAGGACUGCGAGGACCGGCACGAUGGGAGCAGCAACGGGAACCCGCGGCUCCCCCACCUCUCGGCGGUCAGCCAGCACCUGUACAGCCCGGCCCCGCCGCUCUCCCACUCGGGCGCCUCCGACUUCCAGCCCCCCUACUUCCCCCCCCCGUACCAGCCGCUGCCUUACUCCCAGUCCGGCGACCCCUACUCCCACCUCGGGGACCCCUUCUCCAUCAACCCGCUGCACCAGCCGCCGCCGCCGCCCCCCAGCCAGCAGCAGAGCGCCUGGCCCAACCGGCAGAGCCAGGACCCGGCCGGCCUCGCCCCCCACAGCCGCCCCGGCCUCGUCCCCCACCUCUCGGCGCUGGAGAGCGGCUCCGCCGCCGGCCGCAGGGAAACGUACCGACGCUCCGAGCUCCUCCUGCCCCACGGGCACGGGCUGGACGCCUCCGCGCUGGCCGAUAACCUGGGCCUGCACGACAUGGCCCACCAGAUGGAGGAGGUGCAGAAUGUGGAGGAUCAACACUUAUUAAUGCAUGACCAGACAGUCAUUAGAAAAGGUCCCAUUUCCUUAACGAAAAACAGUGCUCUGAGUCUCCCCUGCCAAAAGGAUGGAUUAAUUGGGGUCGUCAUAAACCCCAAUGAAGUAUUUUGUUCGGUUCCCGGGAGACUUUCCCUCCUGAGCUCCACGUCGAAAUACAAAGUGACAGUAGCAGAGGUGCAGAGGCGGCUCUCGCCCCCCGAGUGUCUCAAUGCCUCUUUGCUAGGAGGAGUACUCAGAAGAGCCAAAUCUAAAAAUGGUGGCAGAUCAUUAAGGGAAAAACUGGACAAAAUUGGCUUGAAUCUCCCCGCUGGUAGAAGGAAAGCUGCAAAUGUGACACUAUUGACAUCUUUGGUGGAAGGUGAAGCUGUACAUCUUGCUCGUGACUUUGGUUACGUUUGUGAGACAGAGUUUCCUUCCAAAGCAGUGGCCGAAUAUUUAACUAGACCACACAUGGGCCGCAAUGAAAUGGCAAACAGGAAGAAUAUGCUUCUUGCUGCAAAGCAGAUUUGUAAGGAAUUCACAGACCUCCUCACUCAGGACAGAACUCCUCUUGGAAACACGAGACCCAGUCCCAUCUUGGACCCUGGCAUCCAGGGCUGUUUGACUCAUUUUAGCCUGAUCACACAUGGCUUUGGGAGUGCUGCCAUCUGCGCCGCCAUGACAUCCGUCCAGAACUACCUAAAUGAAGCAUUAAAAAUAGCAGACAAAACAUACAUGAACGCUGGCGACCAGAGCCCUGCAGAAACCAACAAAACCAUUGAUAAAAUGGAUAAGCACAGGAAGUAA